AUGCUGGCCCUCCAUGCCCAAGCAAAGGCAGAUGGGAAUCCACUGCUGGGUCGUGACAUCGUUCAGAAGGUCUUGCAGAGGAAGCUCAAGUAUGGACCUAAAGAAGCAGUGAGGAAGUCGGCAAGAGAAGUUCAGCUGGAAGCAGAACUGGCAGCAGCAAAGGCAGAGGCGAAAAGUAAGACCAAGGAGUUGGAGGCCAAGCUGGUAGAGCAGGAUGAGAAGAUUAAAGCUCGGGAUGAGGAGAUUGAAAAACAUAAAGUAGAGCUUGAUAUGCAACAUGAGCGUUUGGCUAACCAAGGGGAAAAGAUGGAACGAAUGCGCCAGGCACAAGAGAAGAUGCAAAAGAGUAUGGAAUCCGUCCUCGCCAAACUUGGCAGGAAAUGA